GCUGUCUCUCUCUCUCUCUCUCUGGGCGCCGUGAGGUAAAUAGAAGCAGGAUCUCAAAAUGGCGGAGCCGCCGCUGAGUCCCGUCCGAGGCGCGACGGUGGCGCCGCCGCUGCUGCUCCCGCUCCCUCCGCCGCAGGAGCCCUUCCCGUCCAACGCCAGGCCUCCCCCGCGGGGCUUCCAGCCGCCUUCCAAGCGCGCCAAAGCCGCCGAAGAGCGCGGCCUCAAAGGCCCCAAGCGUGUCAACGGCGAGGGCGGCGGCAGCAGCAGCAGCAGCAGCAAUAGGAAGCCGCCGCCACAGCCCUCCUUGUGGAGCCUCGCCGCCUUUUCCUCCGGAGCCGCCGCCAGCAGCAGCAGUAGCAGCGGCUCAUCCGGCGCGGGGUCCUUCUCUUUCCCGCCUCACUUGCCUCCCAAGUUGCUCCUGCCGCCGCCCUCGGCGCACCAGCACCAUCAGCACCGCUUGGCCGUCGCCGUCGAAGGAGGCAAGACGAAGAGGCCCAAGGAGAAGCGGGACAAGGAGAAGCGGAAGGGCUGGGAGGAGAACGGCGAGGUCAAGGUGCUGCUCCCGCCGGCCCAGGCCCGGGCCCAGGCGCUCCAGCAGCAGCAGCCCCACCGCCAUCACCGUCACCGCCGCCGCCAGGAAGAUCAAAUCACCAGAGAUAAAAUAUCAGAAAGUGACAAGGAAAAGCAGAAGGAAAAGAAGAAACAUAGGUUGAUGUCAGAAAUUAAGAAAGAGAAUGGAGAAAUGAAAUUAUUUCAGAAGGGUGUGAAGGAAAAACCAAAAAGCAAUGCAGAAGAACUGCAGAUUAAAAAAGUAAAGAAGAAAAAGAAAAAGAAACAUAAAGAGUGUGAAAAAAGGAAGCGUCCAAAAAUGUACAGUAAAUCUAUUCAGACCAUCUGCUCAGGAAUGCUUUCUGAUGUUGAGGAUCAAGACUCCAAAGGCAUUGUUGAUAAUCACCUUAAGGAUUUCAAUGGGAAAAAUUUGGAUCCCAAGAAGGAUUCUGAGCACAAGGUACCAGAGAACAGUGAAUUUCCAUUUCUCUCACUAAAGGAGCCACGGGUUCAAAACAAACUGAAAAGCCUAGAUACAUUGGAGUUCAGACAGUUCAUUCAUAUUGAACACCAGCCUAAUGGAGGAGCUUCAGUUGUCCAUGCCUACAGUAAUGAACUCUCCCACUUGUCUCCUGUGGAGAUGGAGAGAUUUGCGGAGGAAUUUGUGGGUCUGGUUUUCCGUGAAAAUGAAAACUGUGCAGCUUACUAUGUAAUGGGAAUUGUUCAUGGGGCAGCUACUUAUUUACCUGAUUUUUUAGACUACUUUUCAUUUAAUUUUCCCAAUUCACCAGUGAAAAUGGAAAUUUUGGGAAAGAAAGAUAUAGAAACAACAACUAUGUCAAAUUUUCACGCUCAGGUAAAAAGAACCUAUUCCCAUGGUACUUAUAGAGCUGGCCCUAUGAGACAAAUCAGCUUAGUUGGAGCAGUGGAUGAAGAAGUGGGGGACUACUUUCCAGAGUUCCUUGAUAUGCUGGAAGAUUCACCUUUGUUGAAAUGUACUUUGCCAUGGGGGACACUUUCUAGUUUGAAGUUAGAAACUCGUAAGGAUAGUGAUGAUGGUCCCAUCAUGUGGGUACGUCCAGGAGAGCAAAUGAUCCCUGUGGCAGACAUGCCAAAGUCACCUUUCAAAAGGAAAAGAACUACCAAUGAAAUAAAAAACCUGCAGUACCUACCUCGUACUAGUGAGCCUCGUGAAAUGCUCUUUGAAGACAGAACACGAGCCCAUGCAGAUCACAUAGGACAAGGGUUUGAACGACAGACAACAGCUGCUGUGGGGGUAUUAAAGGCAGUGCAUUGUGGAGAGUGGCCUGAACAACCUCGUAUAACCAAAGAUGUGAUUUGCUUUCAUGCAGAAGAUUUCUUAGAGGUAGUUCAACGACUGCAGCUAGAUUUGCACGAACCUCCACUUUCACAGUGUGUCCAGUGGGUUGAUGAUGCAAAACUUAACCAAUUACGAAGGGAAGGCAUUCGGUAUGCCAGAAUUCAGUUGCACGAUAAUGAUAUUUAUUUUAUUCCAAGGAAUGUUGUACAUCAGUUUAAGACUGUUUCAGCCGUGUGCAGUUUGGCUUGGCACGUUCGACUUAAGCUCUACCACUCAGAGGGAGAAAAUCAAACAGUCUACGACAAAGAUCCACCAACAGAUCCCACCACUUCUCUUGUAGGACUUCACACUGAUGAUGUAAUCCAUACAGCAAACAGAAAUGCCUCUGAAGACACCAAAUUUUUAGGCAGCAUACAAACUAAAUAUAUAAAACAGGAAUUUUCUUGCAUGCAACAUGAACCUUCAGUAUCUCUCAAAAGUAAAGAAGAACCCGCUACUGUUAACCCUCAUGAAAAAACAACAGCGACCAAUGCUGUGGACUGUUGGGAUGUCAAAGCAAAGCUGGAUCAUGGUCAGUUGUCGGGAUCUAGGUUUGAACUAGACUCUGAAUUUGAACAGGAUGAAAGAGACUUAGAAGACAACUUGUGCAGAGGGAGUCACGUGAACCUGGAGGACACACGACAAAGCAGUUCAGCACAUCCAAGUCUGCAUGUCAAACAAGAAGAUGACUUUUUGUGUUAAAGUUGUAUAUAUGUUUUUAAAUUCCUUUUUAAACAUGACAUAAUAAUGUAAAGAUGCUUAAAUUUUGUGAGGCAGGUUUAUUACUUGUCCUCACAUCUGUUACAGAAAAUAGUUUAUGUAGCUUUGUAACAUUCCUCAGUGCCUGUCCAUAACUGUGAAAGUAUCAAAGCACUUAGGGCCAGAUGCACUGUAAACACUGCAGGUGUAACAUAAAGAAGUCUUUAAAUAUGAGUUGUAGGUUUUAGAAUAGAGCUGACAUUUAACAUAUAUUUUUUGUAAAAUAAGCCAGAAUUCUUUUUUGAUGAUUCCAGGCUUUUCCAUAGAGCUUAUUUAUACUGAUUUUUUUUCUUUUUAAUGUGUCAGCACUGUAGUGUAAAUAGCUUUUUUUAAAAAAAGAAAUCUUUUUAGUGUGAUUUAUAUUGAAAUGUGAGCCACUUAAUAAAGGUUCAUAAUAACAAUAAUGGAUUUUAUUUUGGGGUCCCUUUUUAAAAAGUAAAAAUGUCUACGCUCAUUUUUAAAUGCAAAAAAGUGAUUAUUCUUAUGAUGGAAUAAAAUGCUUGAGUGCAUUAUGAGAUACAAUCUUUCUGUUGCAUUUUCACAAAAAUUCAUUUUCAAAGCAAGUCUUGCAUAUGGUUAAAUAUGCCAUGAACAUGUCUCGUCCUAUGAUAUAUUGAUUUUGCUCCUAGUGCUUCAAGCUGUGGUAAAUUUCUGAGACAAGUAGUUCAGUGUUAUUGUUGUCUGAAAAUGAAUCACUUUCAAUUUAGGGAAUGCAAUCCUGCUCACAUUAUCACUCACUAAAUUACCCUGAAUUGACUCAUCUUACUUGUGACUUGAUUGGACUUAGUAAUGUUUAACUCUAAAUAGAUCUUCACUAUGGAGUACCUGUUGUCUUGCUUUCUCUUACGUCACCCUUCUCCAGCCUGGUGCUCUCCUGAUGUUUGGUACUAUGGCUCUCAAUAGCCAUAAACAACAGUGGUUACGAUGAUGGGAAAGCAUCUGAAGGAUGUGAACUGAAGGAAUUUGGUUUUACUAUAUGAAAAAUGUCUAUUCUUCAAUGUGGAUAAACUAUUAUUCCCUUAUCUCUUAGUAUUGAAUAAGUUGAUGGGAAUUGCCCAGCAACAUAUGGAGGGACACAAAUGCCCCAAACUUGCUUUCUGUAGAAAGAAAUUGACAAGUAGUCAACAAUAAAAUGGAAAAGCAUACAUUUUAUAUUUAA